AUGGGGGAUCCGUUUGCAGAUUUGUUGACACAGUUUAAAGGAGGUGAAUCAAAGCCUCAAAAUCAAGGGAACAAACCGCUAGCUGCCCAAUAUUCGGAGAAUAAUACUAGAGAAACAAGCUCUAGUCUCUCACUGCAGCCAGAACCAGUUACCACAGCUAGCAAUUACAAGAUUGAUGAUGAUUUCGAGCAAUUAUUUGGCAUAAAGUCGAACACCAACACUAAUAACAGUGAUGUGAAUAACAGACCAAACACAACGAAUCAAAAUGAAUUUGAUUCAGCUAUUGAUCUAUUACAGAUUACUCCUGAAAAACAAAGGCAAAGUGCUGAACGAGAGCCUGAACAAUUGGUGGAUGAAGUCAGAGAUAUGGAAGUGGCGAAAUUAAUGUCAUUAGGUUAUUCAAUCGACGGAGCUAAUACAUCUUACGAGCAAGGUAUGCUAUAUGAUGAUGUAAUAGAGGAAAGAAAGAAAAAGAAAUUACAUAGGCGUGAAUUGCAGCGCCUAAUGGCUGAAACCAAUUGGGAAAGAGAAACUCCGGAAACUAACAACGAUGAAAGUGGAAAAAAUAAUGUAGAUCUGUUCUCCAUAGCUUCUGGUAUUUUUAACAAGGGUAAAAAAAUUGUAGAUCAUUUGAGUCUAUUCCCCGAUGAAGAAAAUGAUUUACUACCAUACAGGAGUGAAAGACUCAAACAGAGACAGACUUUUGAGCCCGAACUUCCAAGACGCCCUCGGAAAGAUCCCACUCCUAACCCAAGGACUCAAGGUACUCCACAAGUGGAAUAUGAAUCAACACUGCAAUAUCAGCAGCCCACAAUUCAAGCACAAGAAGGUGAUCUUUUGGGAGAUUUUCAAGACAAAUUGUCUCUGAGAUCUCAGGGAAAUAAAUCUACAUCAGCUUCCCAAUCUCCAUCCAACGAAACGUUAUUGGAUUUUGAUGCACCAUCAGCGAAUAGUACAUCGGCUUCAGUAUCAGUUAGUAGACAAGGAUCGGUAGUACCUACGGUACCCAUUACGGAGAUUGAACUCUCCGGUUAUAACGAAUUCAAAGACCGUGCUGGAGAAUUGUUCAAAACAGGUGAUUACGUGGCAGCCCUUCAAGAAUAUGAGAAAUCAGCAAACACUUUACCUCACGGCCAUCCACUACGUAUAAUCUCUUACUCUAAUUUAAUGGCUUCGCAAUUGAAGACAGGUCAAUAUAAGGAAAGUCUUCAUGUAGCUUCGAUGGCAUUAAAGCUUUUCCCCGAGGAUACCACACAAUGGACUCAGCUAAUUCAAAACAGUGAACCUUCAAAAACCUAUCGUGAUAUGUGGCCUAAGAUCGUUCAAAGGCGAGCGGAAGCAUUUGAACAUUCAGAAAACUUUCAAGAAGCAUUCAAUGCAUAUCAAUCUCUAAUAGAGAAGAAUUUCUGCACUAAUAAGAUUAUGGAUGGUAAGAGAAGAUGUCAAAAAGUACUCAAUCCUGAGAAGCCCAAAGUUGUACAAAAGAAGCCUGCAUCCUCCAAAAGCCCAUCACCAUCUCCCAAUCAUUCUGAUAAAAAAUACAAAAACUUGCAAAAGGUUAAAGAAGACAAUCGUAAGCAAGCAGAAGAAGAUACUCAAAGACAUGCAUUAUAUGAUAGAGUCUAUGACCAGAUUAAACUAUGGGAAUCGGGUAAGGCAAAUGAUAUUCGUCACUUGCUUUCCAAUUUACAAACAGUCCUUACUUGGGUUGAUUGGAAACCAGUAUCUCCUGCAGACUUGGUGAUGCCUAAAAAGGUUAAAAUAACUUAUCUAAGAGCUGUUGCCAAGACACAUCCCGAUAAAAUUUCUGAUUCGUUACCCUUAGACAAGAAGAUGAUAGCAGAGAGUGUUUUCAGUUCCUUGUCAUCAGCUUGGGAAAAAUUCAAAUCAGAAAACGACAUAAAUUAA